UGAUACGUAUUUCACGUGUUGAAACGUAUAUAUUCAACGUUUCUGUGGUUUGCAGAAACGUUCAAUGCCAACCUUUUUGUUCUAGCGAUUGGUUUUAAACAUUAAGAGAGUGAAUCCUUCCUGAAGCUUCAAUUAUUUAUAGGAAGUCCCGCCCAUCCUCUGGCUCUCCCUGACUCCUUAAUUCACUUUCACUCCCUCCCACAAGCAACAGACGACUCACACUAACAUCCAGCAGCAGCAGCAAGCAGGAUGAUUCAGGUCAAAGACUUGAUCAAGCUUCUCUUCACCAGCCUGAACAUCAUCUUCGUGAUCGUGGGCGCCGUCAUCAUCAUCGUCACCCUCGUUCUGCUAUCUCCGUCCUUUAAUGGCUUACGUGGAGGAGAUGAUGUAAGGCAGACACACCCGCUAACACCAGACACACACACACACGGCGCUAACCAACCAAUCGACUCUCUCAUCCAGUGUGACGGUCACACAACUACCCACAUCGUCCUGUACGUCAUCGGCUCCGUCACCAUGGUGAUCGCCAUCCUGGGAGCCUAUGGAGGCCAUAAGGAGAACCUGGUGGCUCUGACUGUGUAUCAGAUGUGUAUGGUCAUUGGAGGUCUGCUGGUGCUCCGAGCUGGAGUCUCUGCUGCCGUCAUCCAUCCAAAGCCGAAGAGUGUGAUGGAGGACAGGUGGCGCUCACUUCUACCACUGGAUCAGGCUUCAGACAACAUCAAGGUCCAGGUUGAAGCACUGCAGACAUCACUGCACUGCUGCGGUCUGUUCAGCCAUGAGGACUGGGGGCAGAACAUCCCCGACUCCUGUCUGUGCAACCAGGAGGAGCAGAUGGAGGGAAAGUGUCAGACAAUCAGCUACAGAAACUUCCUGUUGAAUCUUUUCUGGCAGAAGAAGUCUGUCUUCACACAGACCUGCUUCCCGCUCAUCAUGGACUCUGUUACAACAAACACUGAUGUCACGCUGGGCGUCGAUGCCACUCUGUUCGUACUGGCGCUGCUGGGCUUAGUUCUGUCUUCACUGGUGAUCUACCAGAUAUUCAACACCGCCAACAGGUCGAACACGCUGUCAGUGCCAGUGAUGUUCACCAACCAACCACCUGACUACCAGCAGCUGUACAACAUAACGGAGUAGGAGGCACUGCUGUCAACAAAAACCCAGGAUGCAAAAAGCUUCAAAAUAUUCUUCUGCUUUUCUUUCAGUGGUGCUUUGGCGAACAGGUUUUGAGAACAGGUUGGGAAAGCGAAGUGAAGCAUGACAUCACAGGGCAAUAAUUGCUUGUCAGGGUCGACAUCAUGGUGAUUUCCAUCAUAUAAAGAGCAAGGUACAUUUGAGAAACGAAGGGCCUCAUGCAAGAAGCACUUAUACAAACAUUUGUUCUUAAGUGGCAUUUAAAAGGGAUAUAACAUGCUUUUUUGUGAUUUUCUGCUAUUUUUAUAUUGAUCUGAUGUCAGAUGUUAAACAGGGUGAAAACUUGAGG